AUGGCGUCUGUGCUGCAAACACGAGUCGCGCUGCCGCCGAGCGCGGAUUCUCCUAAAAAAGCGUGGAAGUCCCACCAACAACAGAAUGUUAAUAGCAAUACGACUCCAACUCGUGCCGUGCACAUGCCCCAGGACGGAAACAGCCCAUCUUUGCUCGCCAGAAUUGGUGGCCGCGAAAAAUCGCUGCUGGAGAGAAUGGAGAUUGAUGUUAAUUCGACGCGUUUAGAGGAGGAGCAAGUGCCAUCCAGGGAAGAGAAGAACAUAUCAAUCGAUUUACAGGGUCCUAUAACAUCAUCGCUAAACGGACACACUCCCUCAACUAGAAGCGACUUGAAUACGUCUGACCCAGCGUUCCAGCGCCGAGUUGAAAAUAUGCUAACUCAUGCGGUCUAUCAAAACACAAUUUUGCGCUCGGGUCAGCCUGAGCCGCCAGACCCGCGAUCUCUUCAGACAAGAGUGAACUGGACGGUGAGCUCAUCGGCUGUGGAGAGGUUUGGGGAAAAGAUUACACGGGCUCAACGCGAACUCGAUGCGUUGUCGGCAGAAAAGAAGGCGGAGAUUAUGUCAAUGACCAGAGCAACAAACAUUGUCUCCUUUGAUUCGCCUUGGCCACCGCCACCAUCUACCUCUUUCGCAUCGACAUCCUCUUCUCGCGAGCCAAUGGCUAGCGACAAACGGGUUCCUAGUGAACCACGCGCAAUGCGACCGCCACUGGAAAUAAACACGGGUUCAAAAGGCAAAGAACGAGCCACCGGGCCAUUGGAUGAGUUCGGCAGAGUCCCAAGAGCUCGAUCUCCGUCAUUUCAUGCUCGUUCCCCUCCACCACCACGAUCGAGUCUUCCAGCCAAACCUAGCAAUUACUCUCCAACGAGAUAUCGCGCUAGAUCUCCUUCUCCACGCCGACCGAUAUAUUCUCCCAACCGCAGUAGGUUCAAUGGUCGUUCUCCCCGUCGACCACGGUCACGUUCGCGGUCACGUUCACGAUCACGUUCUCCCCCCUUCCAUUCCCCGAUUUCAGCUAGUAAACGACGAUUUGCGCGGUCUCCGUCCCUGGAACGCGGUCGCAGGGGAGAUAGUCUCGGGAGACGACGCUAUUCUCGUAGCCCACCUAGCAUCAGACGAAGAUACUCCCCGAGUUAUAAGAAGCCCGCCAGACGGCGAUCACAUAGUCUCGACUCAAGUGUUUCCCGGUCACAAUCACGGGGACAGCGUCAGUCUGACGGUGGACCUACACCCAUGUCAACCUCUCCAAUAAUCCCAACUCAAGUACCCCGAACUUCGGCGAUGCAAUCGCAAUCUCCAACUAUUUAUCAUGGCCAGCCCGCACCACCACCACCACUAAGCACUCGACCACCGCCACCAAUGCCACCGCCGCCACCUCCGAAUCCUUGCAACAAUGUGCCCGGGAUUUGGUUUGCUAAGGUCGGGGCAACACAUGCGCGGGUAAACAAAGCAGAAUUCGUUGUCGAACCCGGGAUGGCGGCGGUGUGGGGGGUCCCCUCCGACUCGCGGCAACGACCUAAGCUGUCUGUGAAGCUGCUAUGCUUGUCCACGAAGGCUGCGGCAGAAGUGUUCGAGCGUCUGAAAGCGGAAGCUAGUCCAGAACAGCCCUUAACACCGGAAAGGAUGGCCAGAGGCAUAGCUGAGCUUAAGACAAUGUGGCCACAACAGGUGAUAGUCACGAUUAACCAUACGCGACAAGAUAUCGGCAGAACCUGGCUGCCGCGCCAUCUCAAUCCUGCAUCUGCCCCACUUGAUCUCACGCCUCACGUCUGUGUGGGUGCUAAUACUCUCGAAGUUACCCAGUUGGGACCCAUACCGGAGUGCACUUUUGUUCUGUGUGGCUUGCAUGCACCCGAGCUCUCUGCUGAAUCUGCUGCUAUUGACGCCCUAGCCGAUGCCGCGAUCCGAACUCGAUCUGACAACCCGUUGUUCCAAUUCUGA